AUGGCUGAGCCUGCUGAUACUAAUGCUUCCCGUCAUAGCCUCUACACCGUCAUUCGUAAGACCAUCGGGAACUACACUACCUUUGAUGGAUCUGAUCAACAGAGACUGCUGGAUGCUUUGUUGAAUCCGGUUCCGGAAUCUGACUUCCCCCCUCGCAGUGUACAGUCUGCAGGCGUUUUCGAAGAUGAAUACAGGCUUGGGCGUGCCCGGUUAGGCGAAGGUAUCGUAAUGGAGCUGGCUUCACAAGGAUCUUUGCAAUUGUACCUUUCGAAUAGAUUGAAAUGGAAUCCCCUCCUUGACGUUGAGCUGGACUCACGGCAAAUUAUCUUCCAAGUGUGUAAUGGGCUGGAGUAUAUUCAUUCUCAAAACAUUGUUCACUGCGACAUAAAACCUGAGAACAUUCUUCUUACAUCGGAUACGCCGCCUGUAGCAAAGAUUUCUGACUUCGGUUCGGCUUAUGGGGUUGGUAGUUCCGGGUUUUUGACGAAAGAGGAAAAUUUUGGCACUGUGGAAUACAUGGCUCCGGAACGUGCAUGGCCUACGAAAGCCAAUGGAGGUUUCGACCAUCGCGCCGAUUGUCAUGAUUUUGUGCGUUCUCUUCUCGAGCGUGCGCCUGCCUCCCGGCUUACCAUGGACCGUGCCAUGAGACACCCAUGGUUCCAAAACCUAGACUGCAGAAAGAUUCCGAGGUCUAUGGCCGUUGUUGUAAAACCUCCAGUUUCUCGUCAGUCGACAGCAAAGGCAAAGAAGAGAGGACGUAGGAUUCUGGAGACACAACUUGGGGGCAUUCGUAAAUCACCACGUCUUAGAGAGAAGGCGAAAGUUAAGGGUCCUGGCCGCUCGUCUUUCACUCGGAAGAAAGAAGGCGCGGGAAGCCUCCAUGAUACCUCGUUCAGCGGUGCCUCUGAGAAGAUCAUCUCGCCUGGUCAAAAAACGAGCGGCGGCGUAGAAUGA